AUGGCAGAGGCAAGUCUGGACUUCAGCUUGUUGUGGUAUCUGGAGAAGCUCAACAAUGAAGACUUUGAACGUUUCAAGAGGCAUCUUCCCGAAGCCCUUGUAGAGUUUGGACUGCCCCCUCUUACAGGCCUUCAGCUAACGGCCACUGAACGAGAAGAUGUGGAGAAGAUGUUGACGACCAGCUAUGCGCCCCAGGCCAUCUGGAACAUCGCGUUCGGCAUCUUUGAGAAGAUGGGUUGCUGUGAGCUCUGCGAUAGGAUCAGUGCUCGUCGGGACCGUAACGAGGAAGCAUACAAAGAAAUUAUAAGGAGAAAUAUCACACUUAGUUUCAGAGAAGACCUUUAUCCGCUGAUCCACAAUGACUUCUACAACGAAAUCUCAUCAAAAUGUUUACAAAAUUUUGAAGCGAUCUUCAGUCCUGGGGUGGGCAUGGAAGAGAGGUCUAUUGUCCUCAUGGUGGGAGACGAAGGGGUUGGCAAAACCAUGGUCAUCAAGAUGAUGUUGGCCCGAUGGCUAAGUGGGGAGAUGUGGAAGGGUACCUUCAAGUACAUCAUUCCGAUCUCUUCCUGCGAGAUCAACCACAUGGAUCCCGGUACCUUUGCCCAGCUGCUCUCGAAGGACUGGCCAGGCAGCCAAGCUCCUAUAGCAGACAUCUUGGCCGACCCCCAGAAGUUACUGUUCAUCAUUGAGGACUUUGACAGCAUAGAGUUCAAGUUAGACACGGAUCAAGGCCAUCUGUGCACGGACAGCAAGGAGCUGGUGUCAGGACCUGUCCUCUUGGCCAGUUUGAUGGAGGGGAAGAUGGCCCCGGGCUGCUCCCUGCUUAUUUCAACCAGGCCGAGGAACUGGGCCUUCAUGUAUAAAUUCACCAACGCAAGGUCCCACAUAUCCUCUCUGAGCUUCUGCAGCAAGGCGAGGGAGAAGUACUUCCAGCUGUACUUUCCCAACGUUGUGGACUACGAGACCUACGUGGGGUACAUCGAGUGUGACGAGACGCUCAAGGAAGUGUGCAGCACCCCCAUCCUGUGCUGGGUGGUCGGGGAAACCAUCCGGGAGUGCGCCGACUUCACGUCCACCGGGAUAUUCGUGACUUUCAUCUGCAAGAUGUUUCAGUCGCUGGGCCCCAUAAGCCCCUGGCAGAAGAUGUCCACGCUCAAGCGCCUGUGUUCGCUGGCUUUGCAAGGCCUGCUGCAGAACGUCUUCCACUUCAGCGACCAGGAUCUGGAGAGUGUUGGCUUCGUCGACGGGGACAUCUUCGACUUGCAGGCGGCGAGGCUCCUGGUGCCCAGCAGCCGCCACAGAGGCCGGUACAUGUUCUUACACCGGCGCCUCCAGGAGUUCUGUGCAGCCGUGGCUUUGAUGACGGUCUCAAUCGAGGUCACACUCCCCUCCGCCUGUGGAGUGGAGAAGAGGUCAAGGGAGCGAGUUCUCAGCCCCGUGAUGGUCUAUGUUUUUGGCCUCCUUAACAGGGACGUCUGUUCUUACUUCAAUGCAAGGUUCUCGUGUCAGCUGCUGCGGGAUUUGUACCUGGAGUACUUCAUAAAGGAAACAGAAAUACUAGGUCGUGAUUCGAGAGCCAUGGAACAACAUGUCCCCUUGUUCUGCUGUCUCUAUGAGUGCAAGGAAGAGGAUUUCAUCCAGCAGAUUGUGAAGCCGUUUGUAAAAGCCACGGUUCUGAUCCAAACCAAUAAAGACCUGGUGGUUUCCACAUACUCUCUGUAUCACUGCAAAUCACUAAAGAAACUCAGACUCUGUGUUCCGAUCUUCUUAAAUAAAAGCCACAGUGUGGAGCCAACCAAUAGGAUGUCGUACCUCAAGUUCAACCUCGCCUUUGUGAACUUGUUCAAGACCAUCAUUCAGAAACGGCACCUGACUCACCUGAACCUGAAGUGUACGUCUGUUACCCAGGACAUGUUUGCAGUGCUGCAGGAGGUCUUGACCCAACCAGAAUGCAGCAUAGAGCAACUGAGUUUGGUGAGAUGUGAUCUGAAGGCCGGUGUCUGUGAAAACCUCGCUGUUCUUAUCAGAAGCAGGAAGCUGAAAAGGCUGAACCUAUCUGAAAACCCACUGGGUGAUAAAGGAAUAAAACACUUAUGUAAUGUUCUGAUGGACGCAGACUGUGUUCUCCAGUCACUGAACCCCUUCAUUGGGAAAGUUCUUAUGCUGAACAGAACACUAACACAUCUAGAUCUGAGUAUGAAUCACUUAGAGAACACCGGUGGAAAAGACUUGAUGUUGGCCUUGACGGGACCCAACUGCCAGUUACAGGAGCUGGACCUGUCCGCGAGUUCGGUGACCACUUACAUCUGUUCUGAAGUUGCCCGUGUUUUGAUUAGUAAUCGAAACCUGAAGAGUUUGGAGCUUGGAGACAAUCAAAUAGGAGAUGCUGGAAUGGAGCCAUUGUGUAAAGCUCUGAGAGACCCAAACUGUAUUUUAGUGAAUCUUGGGUUGGAAGGAUGUAUGCUGACGAGCGCCUGCUGUGAGAAUCUGGCCUCUGUUUUUAUCCGGAACAGGACACUGAAGACACUGAAUCUGCUAGGCAAUGGGCUAGGCGAAGAAGGGGUCAUGAAACUGCUGGUGGGCUUGGGCCACCCCGACUGUGUGCUGGAGCAAAUUGGGUAA